UGUUCUAGGAGGUCACUCGACAUCCAUCUCUCUCUCCUUCUUCCUGCUCUUUGUUCCCCCUCUCUGGCCAACAGCUUGAUUAGUUAAAUUCACAGUUCCAGCUUACCUCCUUUCAACAAUUGGUUGACUCAGUGACUUUAAAGGACAGAAGAAGAAGAAGAAUCUUCUUGAAACAGCAAAGCAGCAAAGAUUUGGCUGGAAUUGAUUCGGUGAACAGUGACUGCAACUGAAUCCUUUGGGACAUCUUAUGUCGCGAUUAUCAUAAAUUUUUCGUGGGCUGCAGUGAUUGUGAAAAAUUGAGAGACCUGUAUUUUGAGCAGUUUAUGGAAUGGGCCCGUGAUCAGUUUAUCUUUAAUCGUAAAAGAAUGCAAGCAUUCCAUUAUCUUUUAGCUUAUCAGUAGAGUUUCUUGGUUUAGGGUGCACGGGACGUCAUGGGUAGGCAAGCAGACAAUUUUUGGGAAUACGCAGAGCGUUUGUAUGGGCGUUUUAAGUGCAAAUUCUGCAAACAAGAUUUUGCUGGGGGUGCCCCUAGAGUUAAAUCCCAUUUAUCUGGAAUCAAAGGACGUGAUGUAGAUAUAUGCACCAUGGUCCCAAAACAUGUCCAAGCACUUGCUGCUGAGGCGAUUAAAGGUGCCAAUAAGAGACCAAAACCCGAAUACUUUUCGAGUAGUUCCGAUGGAACUUCUUCAGAAGUAUGUCACAAAAAUGAUAUCUGCGAGCUGGAUAAUUUGCUUGCGAAGUUCUUUCUGUCAAACAACAUUGAUUGCAAUGUUGUUCAGUCAUCUUCCUUUAUUGACUUCAUCAAUGCUGUGGUUGCAUUUGGUGCUCCUUAUAAAUUACCAAGUUAUUCAGCACUCAAAACUCUGCUAAUUCCCAAAUUGCAUAGCGAGAUCGAAGCACAUGUGAGAAGUGUGAAGGAUUCUUGGGGAGAAACGGGCUGUACCCUCAUCUCUGAUGUUUGGUUCAAUGAGAAAGAGGAUCAAUCCUUCGUUAACAUCAUGGCCCAUUCGUGGAAAGGGGUAGUGCUACUGAAUGCAUUCAAAGUCCCAAAGCAUGAAUUAGAUGGCGACUUAUUAGAGGAAAUCAUCUGUUUCUGCAUCCAAACUAUAGGGCCAAAAAAUGUUGUGCAAUACAUUGAUGGCACUCCUGUUUGGGGACCUACCAAGGCUCGGCUCACUAGUGACUUUCCUCACAUAUACGUCACUCAGUGUGUUGCUGCUGAGAUCCAGUCGAGUUUUGAGGAAGUUUACAUGGAAAUAGAGUGGGUUAAGCUGGCAUUUGAUAAAGCUAGAUGUCUCAUCACUCUUAUUUAUGGGAAUAGCGAUCUUUUGUCACUGAUGAGGAAGUACACCAACAACAAGCAGUUAAUACAACCUCAAACAACAGAUUUUUUCUCAAACUACAGUAUGCUACUGUCGAUCAUUGUCGUCAAAAAUCAGUUACUUCAACUAGUGCAAUCUUUUGAAUGGCUUUCAUCUGGUUCUGGUAUGCCAGAAGUGGCUGAGAUAAUUAGAAGCUUAGAGUUUUGGAAUCAAGUGGAAGAGAUAGUAAAGGCUUUAGAGUCACCAUUCCUAGUUCUCCACCUAGUUGAUAGAUAUGGUUCAUCUUCCGGGUACUUGUAUGUGGCGAUGGAAAUGGCAACCGAAGAAAUGAAAAGAAUUUAUGACGGCAAUCCAUCCAAGUACCAGAGACUAUGGCAGAUUUUCAACUCAUUGAAGGAAAAGAUUGUCCAUCCGGUACAUGCUGCUGCAGCCUUUCUAAAUCCUGCAUAUAAGUGCAGUGAGUUGUUUAAAGAUGCAGCCAAAGUAACUGAAGCCAUGGAUUUUAUAGUAAGCCACUUGGUAGCGAGCGAAGAUAAAUAUGCUUUUGUGGAAGAAAUCAGGAAGUAUCACGACAGAGGGAGAGAACUAAAAAGGGUCAAAGAAAUUGAAAACAUAAUGGGGAAAGCAUAUCACCCAUGUGAUUGGUGGGCUUUUUGUGGUCAUGAGUUUCCCAUGCUUAAGAAGUAUGCCAUCCGAAUAUUGAGUCAGCCCUGCAGUAGUUCAGCUUAUAAGUGGAGUUUGAGUGCGUUUGAGACUGCUCAAAUGAAGAAGCUGAACGGAUUUGCAUUUGAAGCAUCGACCAAUUACUUGUCUUGGAUGAAUAUUAUCUUGACCACCAGAUUUAGGGCAACGAAUGCGUCUGAUAAGCCAAAGGAUCUUACUGAGCUCGUGUCCACUGAUUUGUUAAACGAGCCGGAGGUUCCCCAUUUAGAUCCACAACCAAUUCGCGGUUCUCUAAUAGCUGGUAACCAUUGCCCAAGCCGGAGAUGUUUGCAUCUGCAGUUUGUAACUAGGAUUCCUUCUCUCCUAGUUACUGGUCAUGAGGUCAAAAGUGAACAAGGAUCUCCUGUCCAUGUGUUCUUGGUAGACCCAAUCACCGGUAAUGUGGUGCAAGACAGUGCAUUAUCGAUGUUAAAUUUGGCAGUUUCAGCGCUUGAAGGAGACUUUGAUGAAGAAGAUAGAAAUACUUGGAACAGGGAGGAUUUUGAGAGAAAUGAAAUAACGGAUGUCCCACUCAUGACCGGCAGUCUGCAAGUGACCCUAAAGGAUGGGAUAGGAGCACUUGGAGCUUUCUAUUUUAAUUACAGCUCUGAAAUUGCAAAAAGUGGGAAGUUCAAGCUUGGAGUGAAAACUCUUACAGGUGAAUGUGGAGGUAUUUGUGUUCGCGAGGGCACAUCAAAUGCAUUCGUUGUGAAGGAUGUUAAUGUCACAAGUGGGCAUGAUGCCGCUGCCUGCCAGAUGCACCUUUCAGAAGAUUCACAAGUGGUGGUUCCUAUGACACAAAUACCCUGUCAUGAAAGCGCUACUGCCAAUAGCAACGUGGAUUUCCCCAGUUGGUUUGGACCUGUUUGGAGUCCUGGAAUGGAGUGCAAGCCUAAGCAGAAGCACAACGUCAAAUCAGGGCAGGUAGCAAUUAGAUGGCCUAAGCUUAAAGCCAUUUCACGGUGGACGAAUCUGAAGAGAGCUUUCAUGGAGAAGAGAGCUCAGAAAAUUCUUAGAAGGGCCCGAGUGCAGAAGCGAUUGGAAGAAUGUAAUAAAGGUGAUCAAGAUUGUAGUCUGGAAGAUCACAGGCGGUUACAAGUUAAGGAAAAGCUGAAGGAAAACCCUGAGAAGGAUGUGAUGUUGACGGCGCCAAGUCAAGUGGCAACUUGUCCUGAGGAGUAUUCCAAGGGCAAAUCUGGAUCUGCGUUGGAUGAGAAGGACGAGGAAUCAAUGCUACCAGGGCCUGCUUGGGAAGGACAACUUAAAUUAACAAGUUGUGAUAAUUCAACUGUGGGAGGCUCUGUCGAAUUUCCAAAACCAAGUACCUCAGAAGUUAGUCAACCUUUGACUUUCUUCUCGUCGUUAUCGGCCUGCAAAGAUACAGAGCUCCUCGAGGAUGAGGAGGCUGCCAAGCCAUUGGUAUUAGAAGUAUGUCCACCGACAGUGGUAAGCUUCUCAUGUGCUGGAGACUCUAUUCCUCGGAAACAGGAUAGCUCCCAAUGGAGAAAUUUAUUUACGCUUUUUCCCUCAUUACUGAGUGGAGAUGAUACUGACCUUGGUGAGGAUAAGGCAAGAGAGUUUCUCAAGCAUACAGCAAGACAGUCAACAAGUCCAACCAAAGAUAAUGAAUUGGUUGGCAUGUCUAACCUCAGCAUGUUUUCUCCAGGCACAUCGAACUACUACAGCAAUACCACGGGAUUCUCGACCACGAGCAGCAAUGCACAGUUCUUGAAGGCAGUGGUGGCAGGGGAUGCUGAGCCGGAUGGACGGAUCUUGAUACCGAAUUUGAAGCUCUUCACUUUUUCCGAAUUAAAAAGUGCCGCUAGGAACUUUGGACCAGAUUUUCUCCUUGGGGAGGGAGGGUUCGGGAAAGUCUACAAGGGGUGGGUCGAUGAGAAAACCUUAGCUCCUUCUAGAAGGGACAGUGGAAUCCCGGUUGCAGUCAAGAAAUUGAACCCAGAAAGUAUUGAAGGUUUUAAUGAAUGGCAGGCAGAGAUGAAAUUCGUUGAGGCGGAAAUGAAAUUCGUUGGAACGCUUUUACACCCGAAUAUUGUUAGGUUACUGGGGUAUUGCUGGAAGGAUAAUGAGCUCUUCUUGGUUUCUGAGUUCACGCAGAAGGGCAGUUUAGACAACCAUCUUUUCAGAAGGAAUCCCUCGAUUCAACCCCUUUCUUGGGAGAAGCGACUCAAAAUCGCCAUUGGAGCUGCCCGAGGUCUUGCUUUCCUUCAUGGUUCGGAGAAGCAAGUCAUUUUCAGAGAUUUCAAGACCUCAAAUAUAUUUCUUGACUCGGAUUAUAAUGCGAAAAUAGCGUACUUUGGCUUGGCAAGAUUAGGAACUUCGGGCGGAGAGUCACAUGUGAUGACCCGAGUUAUGGGAACAUAUGGCUAUGCAGCUCCUGAGUAUCUUGCAACAGGGCAUUUGUCCACAAAGAGCGACGUGUAUGGGUUCGGCGUGGUCCUACUUGAGCUGCUCACUGGCCGACAGGCACUUGACAUGAUGCAGCGGAGCGGGCAGCAUCUGGUCGAGUGGGCCAGACCAUUCCUUAACGAGGGGAAGAAACUCAAGAUCAUAAUCGACCCUUGGAUCGAGGGGCAGUUCUCAUUCAAGGCAAUCCUACAGACCGCAGAGCUGACCCAAAAGUGCCUUGCAAAGGAGCCAAGGGACCGCCCUUCUAUGAAGGAGGUUGUCAAGGCACUUGAGCGGACUGAAGCAAUGACAGAACUGCCCAAAGAAAAGAAAGUGCGGUCAGCCUCGCAUCCCUAAGUGCCUCCGCACAGCCACCGGCCCAUCCAUUAUCAGUGGUCUCCACGCCACUCGAGAGAGCACGGUGCUAACCUUCCUGCAGAAGCUAGCGAGCUGCCAAAUUGUUCUACUCCACAUGAUCACUCAUUUUAUUAUGAGCCACUUUAUCACACGAACAUAGAAUCGACCCGAUUAUUUUAACGAAUUGAUGAUCCGAAAAGCUUGACAUACAUCCCAAUAUACUCUCUUAUAUUUAAUAUUAAUGUUGUGUUAUAUUAAGUUCAAUUC